GUGCGUCUCUCAUCUCAUGUUCUCUGUCUCCUCAGGGCGUAUCCUGGACCUGAAGACCGGAACAGUGAAGAAAGAGGGGCAACAGUCGUCUAUGAGGAUGUGCAUGGGCUCCAGACGAUCCUUCAUCUGCAGAAUGAGAUGUGGCAGCACCCCACUGGACCACAUCUCUCUCAACCGACUGUCCAACAUGAGGAAGAGAUACAGGAACGGUCUGGGACCCUCGAAGGAGGGAGAGGAUCAGUACUCUGUGGUGCACUGUACCGGCUACAUCAAAGCAUGGCCCCCAGCAGGUAUCUACUGACCAUACACAACCUUUUAUCUCCCUAACUAGGUCAACUAAUAGAUUUGUUGAUGCUAGCAGUGUGUGGAUCUUCCAUUCAUAACAUUGACAACAGUGGUGGUAGCAGAACACACACGCACAAACACCAUACACACAUGCACAAAUGCACACACACACACACACACAUUCACACACGCACAAACACAUACAUGUUUUAAACAUUCUAUUCCAUAGAUCCCUCAGGUUCAAUGAAAUGGUGUGAUCGUAAGGUCUGGGAUGUUUCUUUAGUGACACACACACACUGACAGAGGUGCCGUGGCAUCCAGGAUGGAUGGGGGUCAGAGAUCACCUCGGAUGCACUCGUUGACACACACACUCCAACUCUUUCAAGUGUUUACAGAGUCACGCAACCCCCCGGCCUGGAAUUCUGUCU